AUGCCUGACCGGCAGCCCUGCCCCCUGUUUACAGAUCCCACCUCCUCCUGUCCAUCUGAUGGACGCUGGCAGUUCAACACCAAUAUUGCCUUUAGGUGAAGUUGAGAUCUUAAAAUAGAGACAUCUGGCUAAACUCCAGCAAAUGCAUCAACACAUGAAUUCCUAAUUUCAUUAUCUUCUAGGUCUGAUGGCCUACUGGUGGCACGCUACCAUAAAUACAACCUUUUCCAUGAGGAGUCCUUUGACACUCCACCACAGCCUGAGAUCAUCACAUUUGAUACUCCUUUUGCUGGAAAAUUUGGCCUGCUGAUAUGCUUUGACAUCCUAUUUUACAAGCCCACUAUAGCACUGGUGGAAAAGGCAAAACCACUCACAAUUGUGUAUUUAGCUCUAUGUCCCUGUGCCGGAUCUCUUUUUUAA